AGGUUUCUCAUUCACCAAAAAAUGGAUCAUUUAAUUCUUUGGAGGACUCAGUUAUCACAGUACUUCUGUACUGCCAACUAAGAUUUAUGAGAGUAAAUUCAUGACAAUAAAUUUCUGCAUCAAAAAAGUGCUGAAGAACUAAAAGAGGAUUUUAUAUUAUAAAAUCCUACAGUAUCAUAUUACUAAAUAAAACUAAAGAGCACAAUUAUUAAAUUAUUAGACUUCCUAAUACAAGCACACAUGUGCAGUAGCUACUGUAUCCUGACAGUUACCAAACCUCAAAUUUAAAUCGUUUUUCUUUUGGGAAAGGUCAUUACAUUUUCAAGAAACCACUGAACUUAGUCAUCAAGUAUAUUUUCAGCAGAGUGUAUGUUAGGAGAAUUUACUUGAAAUAAGUUCUAGAAAAUUCAGUUCACAUCACUGAGUGGAUUCGAUAUUAUGGCAGCAACUUACAGACUUGUGGUCAGUACUGUGAACCACUACAGCAGUGUGGUGAUAGACCGGCGUUUUGAGCAAGCUAUACAUUAUUGCACUGGAACCUGCCACACCUUUACACAUGGAGUUGACUGCAUUGUGGUACAUCAUAGUGUUUGUGCAGACCUCUUACACAUCCCUGUGUCUCAGUUCAAAGAUGCGGAUCUGGGCUCUAUGUUUCUACCCCAUGAAAACGGGUUUUCCUCAGCUGAGGGUGACUGUCACCAGCAGGUCCUAACAGGCAUACCCAGGGUCAAGAAAGGAUCUGCCCUUCAGAACACCUGUAACUUAAAGGACAUUGCAGGAGAAGCAAUCAGUUUUGCCAGUGGAAAAAUAAAGGAAUUUUCCUUUGAAAAGCUCAAGAACUCUAACCAUGCAGCUUACAAAAAGGGAAGAAAAGUUAAGUCUGACUCAUUUAAUAGGAGGUCGGUUGAUUUUGACUUCCUCUGUGGCCAUUAUAACAAUGAUGGGAACUCCCCAUCCUUUGGUUUACUCCGGAGUGCCUCAGUUGAGGAAAAAUCAUUGUCCCAUAGAAACUCGCUUGAUACAAACCUAACUUCAGUGCUUCUUCACAACUUCUCUGAAGAAGACCUGGUUACUCAGAUUUUGGAAAAACAUAAAAUAGAUAAUUUUUCUUCUGGAACAGACAUAAAGAUGUGCUUGGACAUCUUGCUGAAAUGCUCUGAGGAUUUGAAAAAAUGCACAGAUAUCAUAAAACAAUGCAUAAAGAAAAAGUCAGGGAGUAGCAUCAAUGAAGGAAACAGCAACGAUGCCAACUCUGAUACUGUCUAUGUGAAUGUAAUGACCAGGUUAGCAUCCUAUCUGAAAAAGCUACCAUUUGAAUUAAUGCAGCCUGGAAAUAAUGAGGCUAUAGAUUUAACAGAACUGGUCAGUAAUAUGCCCACAUUACAACUGACUCCCUUUUCCCCAGUAUUUGGCACUGAACAGCCCCCUAAAUAUGAAGAUGUUGUCCAGCUCUCAGCCCCUGACUCUGGACAAUUUCAAACUAUAGCACUGCAAGAUGACAAACACAGUUCUAGGAAAACAGACCCAGUAAAAUCCACUCCAAACAACUCUACAAAUCCCUUAUAUAACCCUGAGAUAAGUGAUCCCAGAACUCCAAAAGAUACCCAGCUUCAAUCUACCAUAAACUCUUUAGAAAAUGUUUCUUCUGGUGACCUAAUGGAAACCCUUUAUAUUGAAGAAGAGUCAGAUGGAAAGAAAGCAUUAGAUAAAGGACAAAGGACAGAGAAUGGCCCCGGUCAGGAGUUGUUAAAGGUAAAUGAAGAUAGAGCAGAAUUUUCAGACUGUGGUACUCCUCUUAAAAAAUGUUCUGCCUUAGUGCGAAGUGAAAGUGGUAAGAUAUUUGAGAAACCAGUUGUUAACCUAUGUGAGGAAGACCUUAAAUCAAAAGUUCCUAAAAUUGAAGAGGGAGACCACAGAGAUUUUAUGAAUCCUAAUAGUCAGGAAGAGAUAGAUAAAUUGUUAAUGGAUUUGGAAUCAUUUUCACAGAAAAUGGAGACCUCUCUAAGAGAGCCACUUACCAAAGGUAAAAGCUCUAACUCUCUAAAUAGUCAGAGUCCAUCGACUGGUCAGCUUCCUAUAGAUCUUGAGCCCAAGUCUAAAGUCUCUUCACCCACCGAAAAAGUCUCCCCUUCUUGUCUAACAAGGAUUAUUGAAACCAAUGGACACAAAAUAGAGGAAGAGGAUCGAGUCCUCUUACUGCGAAUUCUAGAAAGCAUUGAAGAUUUUGCUCAAGAACUAGUCGAAUGCAAAUCAGGCAGAGGGAGCCUAUCACAAGAAAAGGAAAUGAUGCAGAUUCUACAGGAAACCUUGACAACUUCCUCCCAGGCCAAUUUAUCAGUCUGUAGAAGUCCUACUGGUGAUAAAGCCAAAGAUACUACUUCAGUAGUUCUGAUUCAGCAGACUCCAGAGGUGAUCAAGAUUCAAAAUAAACCAGAAAAGAAACCUGGAACACCUCUUCAACCUACAGCCACCUUUCCAAGUAGUCCCCAGCCUCUCUCCGUUGUUCCUCAUGUGAAUAAUGUUGUGAGUGCACCAUUGUCCAUAAACAUUCCACAGUUCUACUUUCCUGAAGGACUCCCCGAUGCCUGCAGUAACCAUGAACAGACUCUAAGCAAAAUUGAAACUGCUUUCCUGGAUAUUGAAGAUCAGAAAGCGGACAUCUAUGAAAUGGGAAAAAUUGCAAAGCUCUGUGGCUGUCCUCUCUAUUGGAAAGCCCCCAUGUUUAGGGCUGCGGGGGGAGAGAGGACAGGAUUUGUAUCAGCACAGUCAUUCAUUGCCAUGUGGAGAAAGUUGCUGAAUGACCAUCAUGAUGAUGCCUCCAAGUUUAUCUGUCUUCUAGCAAAGCCCAGCUCCAACUCUCUAGAACAGGAGGAUUUUAUCCCUUUACUUCAGGAUGUUGUGGAUACACACCCUGGCCUCACGUUCCUGAAAGAUGCUCCAGAAUUCCACUCCCGCUAUAUCACCACGGUUAUUCAGAGAAUAUUCUACACAGUCAACAGAUCUUGGAGUGGAAAAAUAACUUCGACAGAGAUAAGAAAAAGCAACUUUUUGCAAACUCUAGCCCUUUUGGAAGAAGAGGAAGAUAUAAACCAAAUCACAGAUUACUUCUCCUAUGAACAUUUCUACGUUAUUUAUUGUAAAUUCUGGGAACUAGAUAGUGAUCAUGACCUCUACAUCAGCCAGGCUGAUCUAUCUCGAUACAAUGACCAGGCUUCAUCAAACAGAAUUAUUGAAAGGAUAUUCUCUGGGGCAGUAACAAGGGGAAAAACAGUACAGAAAGAGGGAAGAAUGAGCUAUGCAGACUUUGUUUGGUUUUUGAUCUCUGAGGAGGACAAAAGGAACCCAACCAGCAUUGAGUAUUGGUUCCGCUGCAUGGAUGUGGAUGGGGAUGGUAUUCUCUCCAUGUACGAGUUAGAGUACUUCUAUGAGGAGCAGUGCGAACGGAUGGAAGCCAUGGGCAUUGAGCCAUUGCCAUUCCAUGAUUUGCUGUGUCAGAUGCUUGACCUGGUGAAGCCAGCCAUUGAUGGGAAAAUAACGCUACGAGAUCUGAAGAGAUGCAGAAUGGCACACAUCUUUUAUGACACUUUCUUUAAUCUGGAGAAGUACUUAGACCAUGAACAGAGAGAUCCCUUUGCGGUCCAGAAGGAUGUUGAGAAUGAGGGGCCUGAGCCUUCUGACUGGGACAGGUUUGCAGCUGAGGAAUAUGAGACCCUUGUUGCAGAGGAAUCUGCCCAAGCACAGUUCCAGGAAGGCUCCUUUGAAGAUUAUGAAACAGAGGAAACUGUCUCUCCCUCUGAAAUUGGAAACAAAGGCAAUAAAAGUAAAAUAGUAACCUCAGACCUUUCAGAAAAAUGUGGAAAGCUUCAGUCAGUGGAUGAAGAGUAGCAGCCAGUGUCUACAUGAGAGAUACAUGUUUUAAAUGUCUUUUUCUUGUGGAGAUGCUCCAGUUUGCAUACUGCUUUUAAAGGCUUUGAUUUCUGCAAGUAUGUAUCUGCACUAGGAACUUUAAAACGUUUUAAUAAGUCUGGAUACACAUACUCAAUUUGGGGGACUCCUCCAAUUUGCCUCAGACCUCUUGGCACAGCUUUUUCUUCAAAUACAGUGAUACACACCACCUUCCAAAGUCUGUGAAUCGGCACUCUUCACCCCUGAAUGUACCAAGGAUCUCUCGAGGACAGUGCCAAGCACAGUUCUCUGCACAAAAGCAGGUGUUGCCUCUGUUGUCCAGCAUCUUUGAGGCCCCUCAGGGCUCCUAUGGAGCCCAGAAGAAACCUUCACUUGCAGAAAACUUGAGUAAAAAAUAUUCUGGAACUUUAAAAAGCAGUUAAGGGCCUCCAGAAGUGACUUAACCCUGGUAAUAAAAGCACUGCCAAAACAUCUCAAGAGACUUUAAAUAUGUGUACUGGAGGAGUUCAAAGAUCUUGAACUUAACUUGGUUUAAUGUAACUUCACAAUGACCUGCCAAACUGCUAGUCACUUUACAUCCUCAGGUAUUGUAACCACUGGGCCUUCCAACCUUGCUGGCAAGUUCUGAAUAAUCUCUCCCCUUCCUGACUGUGGAUCUUACAUGAAAUAUGAUGAAAAAACGUUUAAUUACAGAAUUUGACUCAUACUUGAAAAAAAGUUUCCUUUUAACUUAUCUAACAUUUGUGAAGAAUUACUGAAUGACUUAUUAAUCUCCAAAUUAGUUGAUACCCCGUCUGUACUUCCUACUAGAAGGCCUACUGUGAAGACUUAGUGACAUGAAAAUUCUUACUAGAUGUAUUCAUCACUGAAUAUUAGACUAAGCCAACAGUUAAGGCCUCAAUCCCUUCGUAUUGAAAAGAACAAUUUCAAAUAUUCUAUCACCUCAAUAUUUAUCACAAAAAUGGGAAAAAAGUGAUGUCACCCAUAAAGGAAAACUGUUUCAUCUGUACUGUAGAGGUAGAGGUGUUCAUUACAGAAUUCUACAUUUUUUCAGCAAGCCACAGUGCAGCCAAAUCCUAUAAUACCCUUAAAGAUAAAACAAAGUAAACUAUGAAAAAAGAAUGGACAUUAAUAGUGUAAGCAAAAGAAACCCCCAAGAAACUAACAUCCAUGUCAAAGUCCUCACCUUUUCCCCUGGGUUUUUUGCUUUAACCACAAGUCCUAAAUGUCAGAACAGUAUCCCUUGCCACCCUGCUUUUGUUCCUCCUAACUGAUGUUAAAGUUAAAAAAAUUAAAUAAUCAGACCUAUAAUCAGGCUAUGGUGGGCAAAAAGUAGAGAUAAGUGCUAUUUAGGAAAUGUACCAUCAACUGGUACAGUAAUAGUUUUUUUUUUUUUUUUUU